UCUGGAAACAAAGAAUGGAAUUUUAUUCUUCCCUCGCCGUCGGUCUUUUGGGUGCCUCUUGUUUAGAAAUAUAUUUGAGGGGCUCUCAGAACUGGAAGGAAGAGUUAGUGCCCACCAAAUCCCUUUUACCCACUGUGUACCCAUUUCCUGGCCGCUGUGGGGGUGGGAGGUACUGCCACAAACAGCAGACCUUUGCCAGAAAUACUUGGGAGGUUACCCUACUUCACCCCUCACCCGGGGGGCUGGUGACUAAGUCAAUGGAAAGAAAGCCCAGCCUCUUUGCCCCGGGGUGGGAAGACUGCGGUGUUAUUUAAAAAUGCUUCAGAGCCUCUGAGACUUGCCCUUCCCUGUCCUGCUCCCAUCCCUCCCUCACAGAUUUCUCCCAAGAGCAUGCCCUGAAUAACUCAUGCAAAACUAAACCCCUGUCUCAGGCUCUGCUUCUGGGGAAGCCACUCUCAGACAGGCCAUUAGGGGCCAUGUGUUCUUUGGCUUAGAAAUUGGGGUUCUGGGAUCAGAGGGUCGUUCCUUCUAGCUCUGAAAGUUUCUAAAACUAUGUGAUUUACUCAGUCACCCAGCAAAUUAGUGGCAGAGCCAGGCCCACAAAUCACAGCCUACAGGCAUGGGGGUGGGGCCUGCUUGCUGGUAAGUGUGGUGCAGACACCAAGGUCGCAGCUGUGGUUACCAGCAACUGUGCUCCCAGAUCAAGCCUCAUCUCAGAGCCAGAUUUCACACUGAGCAGCUGCAGACGGAGAAAUCAGAGAAAGCGCAACCCAGCCCCAGAUUCCGAGGGGCCUGCUGGGGACUGUCCUCCUGCUCCAGAGGGAGGAUCGUGAGGCUGCUGUCUCGGGCCAGGUCCUGGCUGCCAUGGGGCUCGCAGCUGCUGCCUCCCAGAUGCCCGCUGCGCUGCCGGGCAGAUAAGGGUGGCGCUGCCCGGGACCACCUGCUGCCCCCUGCCAGGCCGUCCUCCGUGGCCAGCCCUUCUCCUACUUUGGGCCACCUGUGCUGACCCGAAGCCAUGUAGGCCCCACUUGGGCCUCUGUGGACAGACACAGCAUCAGGGACGUUGCCUCUGCUCCCUGGGGGGCCCGGCGUACCAUCAUGCCCCAGGGAUUCGCCUGGCUCCACUAUCUCGGGAUCCUCCUUGGCAUGGCCUUGGGGAACCAGGGUUUGGAGGUGUGGCCCUUGACCCCGAGCGAGGAGUGCGCCAUCACCGGGUUUCUGCGAGACAAGCUGCAGUACAGGAACCGCCUUCAGUACAUGAAACACUAUUUCCCCAUCAACUACAGGGUCAGCGUGCCUUAUGAGGGGGUGCUCAGAGCGGCCAACAUCACCAGGCUGCAAAGGGCCCGGGUUAGCCAACAGGAGCUGCGGUAUCUGUGGGUCUGGGUGAGUCUCAGUGCCACUGAGUUGGUGCAGGAGGUGCUGCUUGAGAGCCACCCGUCCUGGAAAUACCUGGAGGAUGUGCAUACACUGCUGGUAGAUGUCCAGCAAGGCCUCAUGGGUGUGGAGGUGAGCCCCAAGGUGGAAGCGGUGUUGUCUCUCCUGAGUGCCCCGGGGCUGAGCCUGAAGCUGGUGCGGCCCAAAGCCCUGCUGGACAACUGCUUCCGGGUCAUGGAGCUGCUAUACUGCUCUUGCUGUAAGGAAAGCUCUGUCCUAAACUGGCAGGACUGUGAAGUGCGAAGCCCUCAGCCCCGCAGCCCGGAGCCCUCGUCGCAGUGUGCGAGCACCCGGCUGCACCCGCGGCCCCAGCAGCUCCCCGCCUCCCUGCCCCACUCCCCGGGAUCCGAGGCUGGCCCCCUGGGGCAGUGAAGCUGCUGCGAGCACAGGAGGCCGCCUGCCUGGAGUGGCCUUUAUGGCGACAAGAGGGGCUCCCAGAGUUCACCUGGGCCUGAGAUGGCGCUGGGCGGCGGCGAUGAGCCUCCCUUGGGUGUUUUUCCUUUCAGAGGGAUCCUGUGCCCAAGGAGGGCUCAGCCUCCUCCCACUCUCCAGACCCCACAUGGUCUCACCUGGAAGGGCAGGGCCCGAGGGGCACCUGCCCUGGACAGGACAGGGCGCUGGGCCCUUUCUGGCAGUGCGAACUGUCUCCUGGGCGCAGAGCGAGAGCUGUGCUGGGCGGGCUGGUGGGCCUGGAGGGGACAGGACUCACUGAGGUGGGGGAUGGGGCAGAGCCAAACGCCGCAUCUUGCCACAGUGGGUGCUCUUCCGGUUCCUUUUAUUUUUUUUUUCUAUUAAACACCCGCUUUCUUUUG